UGCUGUCCUACAAGUAGCAAUGAGGUGCCGUCAACUUGAACUACGCAAUGCUCGAGAGCCGGUCCUUAUAGGGCUGUACGCCAUAUCGAUGAUCGGAUCUUGGUUUUCAUUCUUGACGCUCGUAUAUAUUGUGGCAGUCCUGUUGUUCUCUGUCCCGAAGGCCUACGAGCUGUACGAGAGCGAUGUCGACCGGGUCGCUCUGAUCGCCAUGGAACAGACGAAGAAGUAUUAUGAAAUGGCUGACAAGGCGGUGUUGAGUAAGAUGCCCAAGGCACCCAUCAGAGAAAAGAAGUCACAAUGAAACGGUGGGCAUGAGAGCUAAUGGCACAGAGAGAGAGAGUUACCUGUUGGGUGAUGAUGGAGGGAGGGAUGGGGAGAUGAACGAGUGUGAUGGAAAGGCACAGAGCAGCGCUUUGGAUGGGUGGUUACUGUCAGUGGAGGAGGAGGAGGAGGGUGCUGGUGAAAGAAGACGGCGCCCUACCGUCGUCUACAUCGACGCGGUUGUCAUCCGUCCAUCGGCCAGUCAGUCGACUUGUUGGGGUGAUGAAUAAGCAUGACGGAAAGGCACAGAGGACUGAGAGGAGUGCUUUGGAUGGGUGAUUACUGUCGGUGGUGGUGGAGGAGGAGGAGGAGGAGGGUGCCGGUGAGCGAAGACGGCGCCCUGCCCUCGUUUACGUAGACGCGGUCACCAUCCGUCAAUCGGCCAGUCGCUCAACUCGUUGGAUGAUCGCUGUUGAGCAAUAUAGGGUGGACGGUGGGCCAUCUGGUCGCACAAAGUGGCUAGCUUGCUACUGGGCACCGGUAGUUGGGAUUUCUUGAAGGUCAAGAGUUCAAAUCCUGACAACUGGAUGGCUGGACACAGUCAGUUCUAGGUAAGGAUGGAAUCGUAAAGUACACACAGCAGGGCGGCAGGGCGGCGAGGGGUGGGGCUGCCGGUGGGGACUUGGAGGCAUGUUGCCUUCUCCUCCCAUUUCUAACCCCUUUACCUCAGCGCUCACCCCAAUUUGUCCACUACGUCCCAAAGUGCUGCUUCCCAAUUUGUCCACUACGUCCCCAAUUUGUCCACAACGGGUUGUAACCCCUUUCUGUUGCUUUCGUGCUUUUUCGGGCGCCUGCCCAAAGUGCUGCUUCCCUCUCGGCUUUCUCCAGCCAUGCUCUCUGCAUUGCUUUGUUUGCCUUGAGGAUGCACCUAUCCCUGCUUCUCGAUCUGAUGCACCUAUCCUCUCCUCUUUCUCCGCCAUUCUCCCACCCUCUCUCGUCCAAUUCCCCUUCUCCCCCUGAAGGCUUGAACCUUUAACCCCAACCCCACCAACCCUCUCUCUGAGAAAACCUCGCGCCUGAAACCCCGCCUGAAGCCCUCCCAAGCUGACCUUUCCUGCCCCCCUAGCCCCAGCUGCCCCACAACAGGAAAAGACCCUCCUUAACCCUGCCUCGAAGCCCCUCAAGCUGACCUUUUCCGACCCCUAGGCCCAUCAGCUGAUUCAGCUCCACUCCAGGAAAAUCCCUGCAUUAACACCCAUUGCAACCCCACCCCUCCCAAGGCCGCUUAACACCACCCGUUCACCCGUGUUGUACCCCCGAACAGCUGCCCAAACUGCUAGUGCCACCUCCAAAAAACUUCCAUCCGCAUCAGGGCCCCAUUGAACCCCUCCCAAACCCCCGUCAGGACACCUCGACUCCCUCUUGAUCCCAGCACCUCCCAAAAGCCCUUUGCCAGCCCCUUUCUGACCGCUUUGCCUCCCUUUUGCGACAGUGGCUCGCUGGGUGGUUAGCCCAACCCUUGAAAAACUUUCCUUCGGAACUCCAUCUUCAACCCCUCCAAAGUCUUGUCAUCGUUGCCUGGUGAUUUGGUUUGUCGUAUCCAAUGAUUCUUUCCGAUGUCGCUUGCGCCGAUCGUACAAACUCUGUCUCUGCUUUUCGAACCUUUUUCCUAAUCAAGUUCACAUAGGAUCCUAACCCCACUCAGCCAUUCCCGCUCUCCCCCCCCCCCCCCCCCCCCCCCCAACUAAUCCAUUUCACCCCCUCACCACCAGAUGUUUACUCAACUCGAGAUGUUGUUUACCAGACGUACCUGGACACAAUGUUGGCACACAUUCGUUCCGCCCUCGCCCCCAAGUCGUCGUAAUGAUAUGCCAUUAGUAGUAGGCAGAACGUUUGGAAAAAAAAAUCGGUAGAAUGUGGACGUACGGCGAGCGAAGCAUAAAUGCAAAAGAAUUUCAGUCUAUUUUCAGUUUUUGUUUCGCUUUCUGAUAAAGCCUCUUAUGUGUUGUCGUCGCUUUCUAGUGCAAGGAUCGGUGAAGGUGGGUGCUUGAGGUUGGUCGCAUAGUAAAUGGAUGGAUAUAACUGCAGCUUUGGCUUACUUGCCAGAAUAACCUUGCAGAUACUUCUCUUCUUCCUUCCCCUCCCGCCUCCUCCCUCUGUUUCUAGUUUCAGUGAUUUGUAGAUUGUGCUGCAAAGGAACCCUCUCGUGAAGUGGCGUUGCCACUUCAUUUUAAUGAUGCGUCCAUUGCAUGCAGCUGCUGCAUUCAGGUUUGUCUUUUUUCGUUCUUUCUUCUGGAUUUGGCUUCUAUGAAGCUGUAAACCUCCAUAGCUGUGUGUGUGUGUGUGUGUGUGUGUGUGCGUGUGUGUGUGUGUGUGUGUGUGUUUAUGUGUUUGGCAGGAGCAGUGUAGUUGUGCAUUGGGGUGGAGCAGGGCUGUGUGUCCACAUGUGUUAUGAGAGAGAGAGAGAGAGAGAGAGAGAGAGAGAGAGAGAGGUUAUUGAUGUGGACAUUGGUGUGCUUUCUUCUUUGUCAUUUGCUUUCUUGUGGAUAUAAACAAUUGACACACAGAGAGAGAGAGAGAGAGAGAGAGAGAGAGAGAGAGAGAGAGGUUAUAGAUGUGGACAUUAGUGUGCUUUCUUCUUCGUCAUUUGCUUCUUCUGGGCAGGAACAAUCGGAAGAGCGAGCACAGAAUGCCUCAUCAGGAAGAAGUGUGUAGGCCUUCCCGUCAUAUGGACUCGCACGUUUUGUCACAGCACUUUCUCUAGCGAUUGCUCCUCUGUCACGAUGUGGCUUGUUUGUUUAUGCUUAUGCUUGUUGUGUGUUAUUAUGCGUCAUUGCUGCCUGCCUAUUGGUGUUAAUCUAUGCGGGUUGACGAGGGGAGGAUGAGCGUUUUAUAUUUUGUAAUGAAUGAAACGCGUGUGC